GACAUCUCCUGGGUUUACAUCACGCAGCCAGUCCGAUAUUAUCACCUGGAGCGCAGCAGUGUGGACUGAACGCUGCGCUCCUCCUCCAGUCCUCUUCUGUGUCCUCUUGCUGUCUCCCGCCGCAGACAUGACUUUGUUUCUAGGAUGGCUCUCAGCUGUGGUGGCGGGUAUUUUUUCCGCUCAUGUUUUGCAGAAACUCUGCUUCCCAUUCUUUUGGAGGGACCUCUUCUUUCUGCUGAAGGUGAUCAGAUACGGCGUAAGGCUGGAGCUGUUCAAGCUGACAUCCAGCGUGUGCACGGUCCUGGACAGGUUCAUCCAGCAGGCGCAGCGGAUCCCCAACAAGCCGUUUGUUAUCUACAAUGGAAAUGUCCACACCUACCGGGACAUCGAGCAACGCAGCAACAGGCUGGCCAACGUUUUCUUAGAGAAAGUACAUUUGAGGAAAGGAGACUGUGUUGCCUUGCUCAUGAGUAACGAGCCUGACUUUCUGUGCGUUUGGUUUGGGUUGGCGAAGAUCGGCUGCUCGGUGGCUUUUCUCAACACCAAUAUCAAGUCCAAGUCCCUUAUACACUGCUUUAACUGCUGUGGAGCCAAAACUCUCAUUGUUGGUUCAGAUUUAGCGGAAUGUCUUGAUGGCACCCUAACCAGCCUGUUGGAGGACAACAUUCAGGUGUGGACCAUGAAGAGCCAGAGUGAGCACACACACAUGCACACCUUGUUGGAUAAGCUUGAUGCUGCAUCUGACCAGCUUGUACCAGCAGCAUUGCAUGUCACCACCUCCCUGAAAUCUCCCACCCUCUACAUCUUCACCUCUGGAACAACUGGGCUUCCAAAGGCUGCAGUCAUCACUCACCUUCAGAGCUUAAAAGCAGCAGCAGGUCUUUGGGCGUUUGGGGCAACUGAAGAUGAUGUCGUUUACAUACCGCUGCCUCUGUACCACAGUGCAGCAUCCCUGAUUGGUAUAGGAGGAACCAUACACUUAGGAGCAACCUGCAUCUUAAAGAAGAAAUUCUCAGCUUCCCAGUUCUGGAAUGAUUGCAGAACGCAUAAUGUGACUAUUUUCCAGUACAUUGGUGAACUCUGCAGAUACCUCUGCAACCAGCCUAAGACAGAGGUGGAUAAAGUCCAUAAAGUGCGGAUGGGAGUCGGCAAUGGGCUGCGGCAAGAUGUCUGGCGGGAGUUCCAAAGUCGCUUUGGGAACAUUAAAAUGUGUGAGGUGUAUGGAUCCACUGAGGGAAACCUAUGUUUCAUGAACCACAUUGGCAAGAUUGGAACUGUGGGUCGCUCCAACUUCUUCUACAGGCUCCUGUUCAAGUAUGAUCUGGUGAAGUAUGACAUGGUGAAAGAUGAACCAGUGAGAAAUCAGUAUGGUUUCUGUCAACCAGUGCAAAAAGGUGAAACAGGGCUUUUAUUGUCUCGGGUGAGCGUCCUUAGCCCAUUCUUUGGCUAUGCUGGAAGCAAGCAACUGACAGAGAAGAAGUUGAUGAGAAAUGUGUUUGUGAAGGGAGACACCUACUUUAACACAGGUGACCUCAUGGCUGAAGACCAGGGAGGCUUCAUCUGCUUCAGAGACAGAGUGGGAGACACUUUCAGGUGGAAGGGGGAAAAUGUAGCAACGACAGAGGUAACGGAGAUUCUUGGAUUAGUGGAUUUUAUUCAAGAAGUCAAUGUGUAUGGAGUGGAAAUACCAGGACAUGAGGGCAGAGCAGGAAUGGCGGCUGUGAUUAUAAGACCAGGCCUCAUGUUCGAUGGGAAGAAGCUAUUUGAGCAUGCAAUGAAGGAUCUACCAGCGUAUGCUCGUCCACUCUUCAUUAGGCUUCAGGAGGUCAUGGAAAUGACGAGCACCUUCAAGCAGCAGAAGUUCCAGCUGGUGCAGAGUGGCUUUAACCCCUCAAAAAUCUCUGAUCCUCUCUUUGUGUUGGACUACCAGCAGAGGAGCUACAUUCCUCUAACAGACCUGAUUUACCAGAGCAUCAUCACUGGAGAACGCAAGUUGUAGAACUCAAUUAUGAGUGUUGUGGCACGACUCAAAAGAAUACACAAGAAGGAUAGAAAUGAGCUCUGCUUAUUUCAGUAUUUUGCAUUUAACAGAAACCAUUGAGCUAGCUUCUAUGGUCAAUGAAGAAAGAAAGAAAGAAAGAAGCUUCUGGUGAAUGAUAUGAAUCUGAAUGUAUCACUAUGAAACAGCUACCUACUGAUUUAACCUUAAUUUAUCCCCUAACACACAUCUCAAAUAACAUCUGAGAGCAGAUGUUUUUUUGUUUGUUUUUUAGAUAACUGCAAUUCUUUCACUUGUCCAAUUAUUUGACAAAGAUGAAACACAAUACCAUAAUACAACUUCUUUAAAGCCCUUAGUUAACAAAUUCAUAAGAAUUUAAUGGUUACAUGGUUUGGGAUUUUAGUUUAAGUUUGACAUUUUAAAUAUUUUCAGCUACAACUUAAUACUUUAGAGAACUGGAAGAAUUAAUAAUGAAUAAGUAAUAGAAAUUUCAGAUAGAAAAAGUAAUAUUUAAUUGCUUUUCUGCAGUGUUUCAUAGGGUAACAAAAACUGAAGAUGACAACUGAUGACAAUUGGUUGCCUUUAGUUUGUUUUUAAGUGAUCACACAACACAUUGAAACUGCCCAGAUAUCAAAAAGUUCUCUUGGAAUUUACACCUUAAGCAAACCUCAGUUUUUCACUAAAAAUGAAAAUCAUAUCUUUUGCUUAAAAUGUGGGGUCAUUUGAUGAAGAAAUGAUUGAAUUAUAAUAUUUGAAGAGUAGCUAAUGGAUAAUCUCCAUGGUUGAUGAGCUGUUUCACAGGUGAAACACCCCUGAAAGUGACAAAAUCGCAUGAAUAUCAUCCCAUUACUCCUUGCUAGCUUAAAAAAUUAAGACCCUUUGACGGUAUAAUUUAAGAAAGGGUUUUCAUGUGAUGUGGUCAUCCAUAGUUCCAUUAAAAUCUCAUUAAAGUGCCUUAAUUACACUAGUAUGGAUGGGUGAUUUCUAAAAAAUAUUUAUCCUACAAGACAAUCAGAUUUUAGUCCACCCAUUCUCCCAGAAUUUAUUUUCUGUCAUAUUGUAUUUUCCAACACCACACUGAUUAAUAACUGUAGACACUAGAUAUGUGUUUAACUAAUUUUAUUUAUGAAUCAACAAUUAUAUAUGUGAGAGAUUUUCACAGGGAGUACCUAAAAGUGCCUUGUAUUUUGAAAUUUAGCCAUAACAAUGUUUUUUUUCCAGUCAUGGAUUUUAAUGCUGUGAAGUUCUGAUUCCAUAAUGAUGAUUCAUUCAUUUAUAUUAUCCUUUUAUCUUUUUUUAAAAAAAACAAAAUUGUAUAAAUGCUGCUAAAUUUCUUCACAGACUUUCAGGUGUGAAAGCAGUCUCAGGGCAAAUUACAUGUUUACUGUUGGGUAAUUUAUUUGCUCUAAAGAUCUUGGUUGUACCUUCCAAGGAGAGAAGUGGGAUUUUAAGCCAUCAACCAUAAUAAGGUUGCCUUUUCCACGCACGCACGCACACGCACACGCACACGCACGCACACUCAAAUACAGGUAUACCUUUUAGUUUAAGCUAUCAAUUUCAACCAGUGUUAAUAAAAAUUUCAUAGAAUUAACACCUCAACAAGAGAAGAAUAUGACAAUAUAAUUUGUUAAAAUUCACUGUAACUAUGAAUCGUUAUACAUUCUUUUUUCCUAGCUUUUGUAGAAAUUCUUUGACUAACAGUGUACAACAGAAAUGAGUACAAUCCUAGCAAAUAUAAUUUCAAUGUCAAAUUAUUCUAAAGUGUAUAAUUUCUCAGUAAUGCCUGUAUGUUGAACAGUAGUGUAUUUGCUCCCACGAUAAAAUAAAUAAAAAAAUUUUUAAAAAGUUUAAAUUUUCUAUUUUAAAAAUACAAGCCCCACAGUAGUAAAUCAAUGAAAUACUCAAACGGAAAUCUUUCAUUUUUUUCAGUACUUCUAAUGUCCACCUUUAUUUUUGAUGACACUAUCAAUCCUCCUUGGCAUGAACGAUAUCAAAUUUCCAGAGAAAUGUUUUACCAUUAUUCAGGGACUUUUUUCAGUUGCUCUUUGUAGGGGUAGCAUUGCUCUACCAUUCUCUUUAAAAUACACAGAAUGUGUUCUACUGGAUACAAAUCAAGCAGCACACUUAACCAGGUCAUUGUUUUCACUUUUUUUUUAGAAACUCUUGUAUGAUUUUUGGGAGUGUGCUUUGGAUCUCCUGCAGAUGUCAUCUUGUCUAUCAGUAUUUUGGUUCAACCUCAUACAUUCACAGGGCCAUCUAUAAAUCUCAUCUUCCCAACAUCUUUUGCACUUACAAAGGCCCAUAUCACCACCUUGUCAGGUAAAUGUUUGCUCAAAUGGAUUUCGAAUAUUUAAGCAGAAUUGUUACACAACCUAUUUGAUAUUCAACCACCAAAAUAUUUACAUUAGAUUACUGUAUCCAUGCAGCAUAUGAAGCCACUUUUGUUGCCCUGCAAGAAUGAAUGGAAUGACCAGGGGAAUUAUUUACAAGGAAGGUUAUUUAUAAAAGCUACAACACAAUAACAACUAACUAUGACACAACAAUAUCACACAUUAAGACAAACGACAACACAGAACAAACAAUGUGGUGAAUGUGAGUGAAGUAAAUGGAAGAGAACACAAUAUUAUGAUACAAUGUUGGGUCAAGAUUAUGUUGAAAUAUGGUGUUCUGAGAGGAUGGGAUGAAUAGACCACACCCGAAAGCAGCAGCUGACUUCAUGGUAGUACAAUUUGGAAACUUGUAGGAAUUUACAUUUGAGAAUAAAAGAGAAUUGUAAAGGUUGCUCAGAAUUUCAGUGACUGAAGGUUAUUUGGGUGCAUGUAAUGAUGCUUCUGUUGAUGGAUGGCCAGGUUGGCCUGUGGAUGUGGGCUGGAACAGCAGUGGACAGAGUGGAGCCUCUGAGUCGGUCUUGAAGAGUUUAAAAAAGAUUUAGGUCGGACUUUUGUAAGGGACUCGAGGAAGGAGGACUCUGAGGAAAUAUGACUCAUAGAAAGGAGAACUCAUAGUGGUGCUUUCAUGUGUGUUUUUUUAAAAGGGACUUUUGCAUGUCAUUAACUCAGGAGGGGAUCUGGAAUGAUCUCUGUCAGGGAGGGCUGGUGUCCAGAUGUCCAUCACAGAGGGACCAAGAUAUUAAGAUAUUUUCUGAUGGGUUAUAUAAUUUCUAAUUAGUUUGAAAUGGUAGUGCAUCAUUCACAAAUGUGUACUCUUGGUAGAUAGAGGUUAAACACAUAUAUGACAGGAGACAUAACCCUCUAGUUUGUCACGUGAUUUACACAUAAACAACAUAUUUAAAGACAGGACAUGGUGUAAUGGUGAUCCUAAUGAUGAGGUUCUUGAAAUCAAUGUUCAGUAGCUCUGUUAAAUGAGUGUACAUAAAGAAUGCUUCAGUCCAAAAUAAAGGAAAUCUUUCAAAUCUUUCUUUGUCUUAAUGAGUCUGUUGUUCCCUGUGACAUUGUCGAUGAAGUCAAAUUCUUUUGAUGUUAUCAACCUUCCAGAAGGGUCAGAAGUUGAUGUAAAAUUGACCUUGUUUAUAUGAUCUGAUUUCCUGUUAAUGGAACCAAAAUUGUACAGCUGUCUCUACAGUAUAUACACUAUUUUGUGUUGAAGCUCACCUGAAAUUUGCCAUUAAUAAGCCCACUAGGAAAUUGUUUUAUCCAGGUAAUAGAUAGUAGAUAGAAGGGAACAGUCAUUUUUUUCAAAGGCUGUGUUGUUGUUUAUUUUGGACUGAAGCAUUCUUUAUGUACAUGCCAGAAGACCAUCAAAUCUGGAGGAGCUUGAGAGAUCUGCCAAAGAAGAAUGGGCUAGGAUUCUUCAAGAGAUGUGUCAGAGAGUUGUUACAAACUACAACAAAAGACUGCAAGCUGUUAUCCAGCAAAAGGAUACACAAUUGACUAUUAGCAUCAAGGGGGCUAAUAAUUUUGGCCCUGGUAGUUUUUGUUUUUUGCUAAAUGAUUUUGUUUCUGUGUGCAAAGUAAAAUAAUGUAAGCAUCCAAAAUAAAACUGGGUUUUCAACAAGAAAACCACUCAGAGAGCGCAGUACUCUGACAAGGCUGUUCAUUCCCUCAUAUGGCAUUGUCAGAAAUGCAGCAUAUUUUGGUAAAAUGCAGCAUAUUUUUUUUCUUAGCUAUUGAUGAUCAGAAAUCACAGCAACAUAGAAUGUGUUCAUUUAAUAUGGAUGUUCCAAUAAACAAAAUGACUUUACACUGA